AACUUCAGAACUUCGCUGAAAGUCUUCCGACCAGCAGGUGGCGCUGGACACUCACACAACCACGCAGCUUGCUGUAGUUAUUGAGCUUUCCGGAGGGGGUGUCUGUGGAGAACACGUGAUUCGGUCCUUGCAGUGUAUGAGCUGCCUGUGCAGACACACGUGGGUGUACAUUAGGCUGCUGUAUACUGAGCUGGGGAGAUGGCUGAAACGGUUCUUGUGAUUGGUAGUGGAGCCAGAGAACAUGCCAUUGCCUGGAAGUUGGCACAGUCUGCCCAUGUCAAGCAAGUUUUGGUGGCCCCGGGAAAUGCAGGGACUGCAAACAAUGGGAAGAUCUCAAAUUCUGAUGUCCCCGCCAAUGAUCACAACCAACUUAUCACAUUUUGCAAAAGCAACAACAUAUCCCUCGUGGUGGUCGGCCCAGAAGCUCCUCUAGCUGCAGGUCUUGUUGAUGAUUUGACUGCGGCCGGGGUGAGAUGUUUUGGACCCACUGCGAAGGCUGCACAGCUGGAGGCCAGUAAAAGUUUUUCCAAGGAUUUUAUGAUCCGCCAUGGUAUCCCUACCGCCAAGUACAAGUCCUUCACCAAUCCAAAGGAAGCCUGUGACUUUAUAAACAGUGCGGAUUUCCGUGCCCUGGUAGUGAAAGCGAGCGGCUUGGCUGCUGGGAAGGGAGUGGUAGUAGCAGGCAGCAAGGAGGAGGCUUGUAAAGCUGUGAAUGAAAUCAUGCAGGACAAGACGUUUGGAGAAGCUGGAGAUACGGUGGUGGUUGAGGAGUUGCUGGAAGGGGAAGAAGUGUCUUGCUUGUGCUUCACAGAUGGACUCACUGUUGCUCCAAUGCCACCAGCCCAGGACCAUAAGAGACUAAUGGAUGGAGAUCAAGGACCCAACACAGGAGGAAUGGGAGCUUACUGUCCUGCUCCUCAGAUAUCUAGGGAUUUACUUAAUCAGAUCCAGGAUACUGUAUUGCAAAGAACUGUUGAUGGGAUCCGAGAAGAGGGCGCACCGUAUGUUGGUGUUCUCUACGCUGGGCUAAUGCUUACACAGGAUGGGCCUAAGGUGCUUGAAUUUAACUGCAGAUUUGGAGACCCGGAAUGUCAGGUAAUUCUGCCGCUGCUUCAGAGUGACCUCUAUGACAUUAUCCAGGCCACUAUCGAUGGUCGGCUAGCUGGUUCCAUGCCAGUCUGGCUAGAAGACCACUCUGCGGUCACUGUGGUCAUAGCCAGCGGGGGCUAUCCUGGUAGUUAUAGUAAGGGCCUGGAAAUCACAGGACUUUCAAAGGCUAAGGAUCUUGGUCUGGAGGUGUUCCAUGCUGGCACGUCACUAAAGGAUGGGAAGGUGGUGACCAGCGGGGGACGUGUUCUCACCGUGACUUCUGUCAAGGAGGAUUUACUAUCUGCUCUGAAAGAGGCCAACAAAGGAGUGUCUGUCAUAGACUUCUCUGGAGCCGUGUACAGAAAGGACAUUGGUUUCCGAGCCAUUGCUUAUCUGGACCAACACAGACAUCUGACCUACAAAGAGAGUGGAGUGGAUAUUGAGGCUGGAAAUAACCUAGUGCGGAAAAUUAAGCCUUUUGCGGCAGCCACGGCCAGGCCAGGGUGUAAUGCAGAGCUCGGAGGUUUUGCCGGCCUAUUCGAUCUGAAAGCUGCAGGAUUUAUAGACCCCAUUCUGGUAUCUGGUACUGACGGUGUAGGAACAAAGCUGAAGAUUGCUCAAGCUUGUAACAAGCAUGACACCAUUGGCCAGGACCUGGUGGCUAUGUGUGUCAAUGAUAUCCUGGCUCAGGGAGCGGAGCCCCUGUUUUUCCUCGAUUACUUUGGCUGUGGGGCCCUGGAUGUGUCGGUGGCUGAAUCGGUGGUCUCUGGUAUUGCCAAGGCCUGUCAGAUGGCUGGAUGCGCCCUUCUAGGAGGUGAAACGGCAGAGAUGCCAGGAAUGUAUGCCCCCGGGGAUUACGACCUGGCCGGCUUUGCUGUAGGCGCUGUAGAGCGAGGUUGCAUGCUGCCGCUUCUUGACAAAAUUGCUGCAGGCGACUUGGUUAUCGGCGUCUCCUCCUCGGGCGUUCACAGCAACGGCUUCAGCUUGGUCCGGAAGAUUCUUGAAAAGUCUUCUCUGGAGUUGUCAUCUCCAGCACCGGCUGGAUGUGGGGACAGGACGUUUGGGGAACUUUUAUUGACUCCUACUAAGAUCUACAGCAAGACCCUCCUUCCCGUCUUGAGGUCCGGCCAUGUGAAGGCUUAUGCUCACAUCACUGGGGGUGGUCUACUGGAGAACGUUCCCAGAGUCCUGCCCCCAUCAUUUGGAGUCACUUUGGAUGCCCUUUGCUGGAAGAUACCAGGGAUAUUCUCUUGGCUGCAGACGAGGGGUGGCCUGUCCGAGGAGGAGAUGAGCCGCACCUUUAAUUGCGGUAUCGGGGCUGUACUUGUGGUGGAGAAGGCGUUGGCAGAAGACGUUCUGAAAGAAAUCCAGGCGGUAGAGGAUGCGUGGCUCAUCGGAGAAGUUACCCUGCGACAAACAGGCUCAGAAAGUGUGAAAAUCAAGAACCUGACUGCGGCUCUGAACAGGACAGAACCACAACCACAAAAAUACUUGUCUACGUCAGUCUGUGAUGGAUUAAGUCCAGAUGUCGCGGGGAAAGUGAGAGUGGCGGUCCUCAUUUCUGGGACAGGUACGAACCUUGACGCAUUAAUAAAAAGCACCAAGUCUCCGGGCAGUGCGGCUUAUAUUGCCCUGGUGAUCUCCAACAAGGCUGGAGUGGGAGGCCUUCAGAAGGCUGAAGCUGCUGGGAUUCCUACAAGGGUGAUCGACCACAGACAGUACAGCAGCCGGGAGGAGUUUGACAACACUGUGGACAAGGUCCUUGAGGAGUUCUCCAUAGAGUUUGUGUGUCUGGCUGGCUUCAUGCGGAUUCUAUCCGGUCCCUUUGUCAGGAAGUGGAAGGGAAAGAUUCUCAAUGUCCAUCCAUCGCUGCUUCCAUCAUUUAAAGGGGCACACGCACAUAAGCUGGUUCUGCAGGCUGGAGUCAGGCUCACUGGCUGUACUGUGCACUUUGUGGCUGAGGAGGUUGAUGCCGGAGCGAUUGUCUAUCAGGAGUCUGUACCUGUGGAGCUGGGCGAUACUGUGGACACCUUAUCUGAAAGGGUGAAGAUGGCCGAACAUCGAGCCUUUCCUGCAGCCUUACAGCUUGUGGCAAGUGGAGCGGCAAAGCUGUGUGAAGAUGGGAAGAUCUGCUGGAAGAAGAGCCCGCUGUCAUAAUACUGAGCCCCAGAUACCUGGCAUAGACAUAGCUUUAAUAUACUGCUGGAUACUGCAGCCAUGACCGGUGGGUAGUUUACUGCACACUGAUAUACGUAAAACUCAAUAAUAAGACUAUAUGCAGUAAGCUUCCUCUGGGACCCUCAUCAGUCACAAAAACAGGGGUCCCCAUGGUCCCUGCUGCUUCAUUCAAACUCUCUAGGACAGUGGUCUCAAACUGUGGCCCUC